UACACCUAAAACUAGUCGUAAAGAAAACCUUAUUGCCUAGAGGGAUGUUCCCCCGUAGUGGGUGUUGUGGACUUACUUGUCGGGAUACCCGAAACUUCAGACGACUAAUCCCGGUCGUAUCAGGCUUUUAUACUCACGGAGCUAACCAUAUUCAUAGGUCACGGGUCAUACAAUCUUCUAAGCUUCUCAUUGGUCAAAUGAUAAUUCCUAACAAAGCGUGCUCGGCGACACCUAUAGAACCGGAAACACGCUACGGCAGGAAGACAUGCGGACCUCGCAACCGUUACAGGGAAUUCCAAUGGAAUUUUACUGCCAAACACAGGACGGCAUCUACGAAAGUUCUAUAGCAAUGGGGCACAGAGGCGAGGUUACGGAUGAAUUGAUCUUCUUCGUUAAUGGUCUAAGAAUCGUUGAGCCGAAUCCCGAUCCUCAUGUCACGUUACUACAGUACUUGAGAAACAGACUACGUCUGACGGGCAGUAAGCUGGGAUGUGGCGAGGGCGGAUGCGGGGCGUGCACCGUCAUGGUGUCCCGAUACAACAGCCGCACGGACACCAUAUCCCACUACUCAGUGAAUGCGUGUCUGGCGCCCAUCUGUUCCCUCCAUGGCCUCGCUGUCACUACAGUAGAGGGUAUAGGCAGCACCAAGACCAGGCUGCACCCAGUACAGGAACGUCUGGCUAAAGCCCACGGGUCUCAGUGUGGGUUCUGCACUCCGGGCAUCGUCAUGUCCAUGUAUACUCUGCUCAGGAACAGCCCACAGCCGACACAAGAACAGAUAGAGGACAACUUUGACGGGAACUUGUGUCGGUGUACAGGAUACAGGGCAAUUCUUCAAGGAUUCGAGUCAUUUACCAAGGGAGUUUGUGGCAUGGGCGAGGCAUGCUGCAGGAACAGAAAUGGGUCAUCACUCAACGGAGCGCAUGUACGUAUUUCAAAGCAAUAUAAUGAUAAUCCAAGCAGUGACGGAGUCAGUAACGGGGCAGCUAAUGGAGUCAACACAAUGCCUUACGACCCGUCACAAGAACCAAUAUUCCCUCCAGAACUCAAGACGAGACACAGCGCUUUUCAAACCUCAUUAUGCUACAAAAACGACAAAGUGACGUGGUUCAGACCAGUGUCAUUGGAGGAGGUGUAUGAACUCAAAGCCAAGUUUCCUUCUGCCAAAAUGGUUGUUGGUAAUACGGAAGUGGGUAUUGAAAUAAAGUUCAAGAAGAUGGACUACCCAGUGCUGAUUGCUGCUACUCACAUCACUGAACUGAUGCAGACUCGAGUCACAGACACAGGGUUGGUGUUCGGUGCUUCGGUUACCCUCUCAACCCUGCAGGCUGUCCUAGAGAAGGCUGUAGCUGAAAGACCAGAGUCUCAAACACGUGUCUUCGCUUCUAUACUUGAAAUGCUGCGAUGGUUCGCGGGUCAUCAAAUCAGAAACGUUGCGAGUAUCGGCGGUAACGUCAUGACAGCAAGCCCUAUCUCGGAUCUCAAUCCGCUCUUCGUUGCUGCAGGCGCGGAGCUCACUGUCGGAUCGAAAGCAAAUGGGAUCCGCGUGGUUAAAAUGGACAAACACUUCUUCACUGGAUAUCGAAAAACAGCCAUAGCUUCAGAAGAAGUUCUGGUAUCUGUCCACUUACCGUACACCUCCCAAAACGAAUAUUUCAGCGGCUUCAAGCAGGCCCAUCGCAAAGAUGACGACAUCUCCAUUGUGAACGCUGGCAUGAAGGUGGAGUUUCUGAAAGGGACUGACGUCGUAAGGGAGAUUACUCUUGCGUAUGGUGGCAUGGCCCCAACAAUAGUCCUCGCCACGAAGACUAUGGAGGCUCUAGUGGGACGCUCCUGGAAUGAUGAGCUUGUAGACGAAGCUUGCCGAACCCUUGAGAGUGAUCUCCCCUUGGAUCCUGGCUCACCAGGUGGCAUGGUGGAGUACCGCCGUACUCUCACUACCAGCUUCUUCUUCAAGUUCUACCUGUCUGUCACGAAGAGACUUAUUGAUAAGGGACAUGACGUGAACAACAAAAUAGUCUCGGAGAUUGUGUCUGGUUGUGGCGACAUCACACGAGCGGUCAGUAAAGGGGUCCAGGUGUUUGAGGAUGUGCCGGAUGGACAGUCCCCGGGUGACGCUGUUGGGAGGCCGCUCGUGCAUGUCUCCGCCCAACAACAGACAACAGGAGAGGCUGUGUAUGUUGACGAUCUCCCUAAACACGAAGAUGAACUGUACCUUUCUAUGGUGAUCAGUACCAAGCCACACGCUCGCCUUGUGACAGUGGAUUCAUCUGAAGCUCUGGAUCUACCCGGCGUGGUCGACUACAUAGACCACAGAGAUAUCCCCGGUACUAAGAGAUGGGGGGCCGUUGUGCCCUAUGAAGAAGAGAUCUUUGCAGCAAAUGAGGUUAUUUGCCAAGGGCAGAUAAUCGGUGCCGUAGUUGCUGACACACAAGAGCGAGCUCGUGUUGGAGCAGAUAAGGUCAAGAUUGUAUAUGAGGAACUCCAACCAAUCAUCACAAUAAAGGAAGCAGAAGCGGCGAAAUCUUUCUUCGACAAAGUGACCAGUUUGUCACGUGGUGACCUUGAAGUCGGUUUCAGCCAAUCCGAUCACUUUCUGGAAGGUGAGAUAGAGAUCGGAUCUCAGGAACACUUCUAUCUGGAAACUCAGGCCGCAGCAGCAAUUCCUAGUCGGGAAGAGGGCGUCAUGGAGUUGUACACUAACUCACAGUUCCCGUCUCAAAUACAGCACACGGUAGCAGAAACACUGGGAGUGAGAGCCAACAAAGUGAUAUCUCGUGUUAAAAGAAUAGGAGGAGGAUUCGGAGGGAAACAGAGCCGAACUAUCUCAGUUGCACUACCCGUAGCUGUCGCGGCAAACAAACUUCGCCGACCCGUCCGCUGUAUGCUUGACAGGGACGAGGACAUGGUUAUCACCGGAACACGUCAUGCAUUCAUCGGCAGAUAUAAGGUUGGGUUCACAUCCACGGGAAGGAUUAUGGCGUACGAUGUGAAGCUUUUCUCCAACAGUGGUUCCACCAUUGAUCUUUCGCCAGAGGUGAUGACAAAGGCCGUGUCUGGUGUUGACAACGCCUACUUCAUUCCCCACAUCAACGUCGUGGGCCGCAUGUGUAAGACAAACAUCCCAUCAGCAACCGCCUUCAGGGGAUUCGGAGCGCCACAAGGCAUGUUUGUGACCGAAUCUGUGAUAGACAAGAUGGCGGACUUCCUCAAUAUACCAGGAGAAGUGAUUCGAUCCAAGAACCUGUACAAGGAAGGGGAGCUAACCCACUAUAACCAGCCUGUCAUUGACGCGCACCUGCCACGACUCUGGUCGGAAUGUGUGUCACAGAGCGGUUUUACACAGAGAAGAAAAGAAGUAGACAAGUUUAACAGUGAAAGCCGAUGGAAGAAGCGUGGAUUGUGCGUAAUUCCAACCAAGUUCGGCCUGUCGUAUGAGGCUCCGUCUAAGUUCCUUAAUCAGGCCUGUGCCCUGGUGACGCUCUACCUGGACGGGUCUGUGUUGGUAUCUCACUGCGGGGUAGAGAUGGGACAGGGCCUUCACACGAAGAUGAUUCAGGUGACGAGUCGAGCGUUAGGUGUUCCUGCAUCUGAUGUCUUCAUCAAUGAUACUGCAACAGACAAAAUCCCAUACACCAGUCCCACCGCCGCCAGCUCCGGGUCAGAUCUCAAUGGAGGAGCAGUGCAGAAUGCCUGUGAAAUACUCAGAGGACGUCUCGAGCCUUACAUCAAGGCCAAGCCAAAGGGAAACUGGUCCGACUGGGUCAGCAGUGCGUACAUGGAUCGUGUUCCGUUGUCGGCCUCAGGCUCCUUCUUCACGAAAGGUUUGGACUAUGACGAAAAACUAAACAAGGGCACGUUCUUCAACUACUUCUCAUGUGGAGUGGCUUGCUCCGAAGUGGAGAUCGAUUGUCUUACAGGUGACCACCAGGUUUUGCAGACUGACAUUGUGAUGGAUGUUGGCAGAAGCCUGAACCCUUCGAUCGACAUCGGCCAGAUUGAGGGUGCUUUCAUGCAGGGAUACGGGUUAUUCUGUCUUGAACAGCAGAAGAUCUCACCAGCAGGACUUGUCCUUACUCGAGGCCCGGGAACAUACAAGAUUCCAGGCUUUAAGAACAUCCCGGUCACACUGAACGUCACUUUGCUGAAGGACAGCGUCAAUAAACGUGCAGUAUACUCUUCCAAGGGUAUCGGUGAACCUCCUCUGUUCCUGGCGUCGUCGGUAUUUUUUGCUAUCAAGGACGCCAUCAAAUCGGCACGAAAGGACGCGGGAGAGAGCCGUGAGUUCCGUCUGGACAGUCCGGCCACGCCCGAGAAGAUCCGGAUGGCGUGCCGGGAUCAGUUUUCCAAACAGUUCCCCGAAGCCGCGCAAGGCACCUACACGCCAUGGUUUGUGGAACUAUGAGGCGUUGGAUUGGAGGGAACAUGUGUCUUUUUCACAAAUAAUUUACACUUAAUUCGAGUACAUCUUUCAGGAGCAAGUGAUUUGUAAGCAAAUUCCUAAUAUUGACACAUCACUUGAUAACUGGUUUGUGUAUACUGUGCCGCCAUACAUUUACAUUUAGAUCCAUCCUCGAUUGUACAGUAUAUUGGAAGCAAUGACUCACUCUGAUACUCCCCAACAUAAAUGAGGAGGAUGUAGAUCUGUCUCGGUGAUAAUGAUUGCAAUAGUUCAUUUAUUUCCACAAACCAUUUAGAUGCCAAAUUUGAACAUAACUCGAACGACAUCGUGUAAGACUCGGCACAAACUAUACAACGAACAUUUUGUGCAUCAAGAAAUGACAUGAGAUGUCCCUAUCAAAUGUUGAAUAUUAUAUGUAUGACCAAGUUGCACGGAUGGCUCGAAGUACAAGUAGAAUAUUGAUAUAUGAUGUUUUCAAACAAAAUGCUACUUUUCAUCUGAAGUAGAUAUUGAGACAAGAACCUUCGGGCUGUGUUCAAUUUACGGAUUCUCUCUCCUGAGUGAAUGUUUGCUCGGGACAUCCAACAUUUAUUGACAAGGGGGAGGUAAUCCAUAAUCCAAGUAUCUUGUUAGUUGAAUUACCCGAGAUGAAAUAUGAUCAGGUCUGUAAAUGCAACUACAUUACUGAGCUCAAGUAGCAGAGGAUGUAUGUCCCUAGCAUAUGGUGUCAUCUCAACGUCAGACCUUAAAGAAUGUUGUGACAUAUGAAUAGCAUGGGAGUACCGUUUCCAAGUAUGCUUAUUAUUGUUCCGAGGCACGAUUGGCACAAUCGCCUAUCGAAUCUAAGAGUUGCGUCUUUAGGCGUGCCAGAAACCUAUGACUGCAGGUUCAACUUCCAGUUUGCCCUGAUUAAGCAAAUAUCCGUGCCCGUGGGUUUCACAAAAGUGGUCAAAGGCUAAAUAUAAAAUUUUCAUUACUUUGAGAUUUCCCUUAUGAAACUGACACAUCGUGAUGUAACUGAAUUAGUGUUCAAAGAGGCGUUAAACCAGUCAAUCAUUGCUCCUCAGAAUGUUUAUUUUAGUUUUGUAGUUUCUGAAGUCUGCAUAUCUUUGCAGUAUGCGUAUCGUAAAAAGGUUAUACCCAUGGUGCACUAACACAUCAAUUGACAUCCAUUACUCCAAGUCGUCACGCCGAAAACCCGGGUUCGAUUCCCGACAUGGGUACAAUGUGUGAAGCCCAUUUCUGGUUUCCCCCGCCGUGAUAUUGCUGGAAUAUUGCUAAAAGCGCCGUAAAACCAUACUCACUCACUCCCUCACCAUUACUCCAGGGUAAUAAUUCAAGUAAACCAUAGCCAACAUGGGAUGAUGCCACAUUCCUAGUAUGACAACCAACGGUACAAGUUGAAAGACUUCAAGAACGAUGGAACUGCAUCCUUUCACCAAACAACAUUAAAAAGCAUCCCAGAUCAUCCCAGUGAACAUUUUUAACAGAUCAAGCAAAUCUAUUUUAGGGUAUACGUUACAGCAUAUAUUAUACCAUUCCACGAAUCGACAGUUAUAUUUUUUGUACUCAAAAUGAGAAAAGAUAACAUAAAUAUACAAAAAUAUUGUUUUAUACUAUAUGUAUUUACGCAAUGUUUCACACUGGCAAAAAAUAAACAAUGACA